GAAUAACAUCCUUUACACAGCCAAAAAACAAUAACAAGACGAUUGUGUCCUCAUGAAGAAUCUCAAUCCCUCAUAGUCACGAUAGUUUGCAAUCUCCUCGUCCUUUGAUUCCACAUCUCCUUCGCCAUGUUGGCGGCAUCGCAACCAGUCUCCUCCAGCUUCACCUCCCUACCCCCGUCUCGAUCCAUGUCCAGACGGCCAGCCAGCAAGGAUGGGGAUAAGCCCGCGAUAUGGGUUCCGAUGCUGAACAGCGCCUCCAAAGGCAAAGACUUGACAGAAAAACAACUCCUCGUCCUCGGUGGCACCCCCGAUCAACAGCGCGAGUUCCUCGAACAGCUCAACCCUCCAAACCUGCGCUCUCGAUACGCCAACAACGACAGACGAAGACCACCGCGGACGACGGCACCCCUGUCGAAUCGUUACGCGUUGGGUUAUACGUACUACGACGUGAUGGACGCGGAUCAAGAGGACGUACUGGCGAGACUGAACGUCUACACGCUGUCGAACCCGAGCGCCAACUUCGCACCACUCUUAAAGCCCCUCUUCACACAAAAAACGGUCAAGGACACUCUGAUAACGAUACUGUUGGACUGGCAAGACCCUUUCAAAUGGGCGAGACAAUUGCGACAAUGGAUCAGGCUGCUUCGAUCCGUCAUCCUCAGCUUGGACGAACAAACCAAGAUCGAGAUGGAAGAGGUCAUGACGGCGUGGAAGGAGAAACGAGUCGGACCGGACGCGCCGUCAGUCCAGCCUGGAGGAACCGCGGCGGCGACGACAGCGACGACGACCGAACAGCAGAAAUCAAUAGGUGCGGCGAUAGUGCCUCCGGGACCAGGGGAGUGGGACGAAGGGUUGGGAAUACCGCUGUCGGUCGUGUGUAUACAGGCAGAAAAGAUCGAGACGCUAGAACGAGAGAACAGCUGGGGAGAAGAUCAGUUCGACUUCCUCAUGCAAUGGUUGAGAUGUGUUUUGCUCAAGCACGGUGCCUCCCUGGUCUACACUGCCACGUUCGACCCGAACAAUGUACGGACACUGAUACAUUCGAGCUUGAGCAUACAUUCCCUCCUGAAAAGAGAAGUCGCCAAAUACAACAUCAUCGACCGAGAUAAGAUCUUGGUGCCCCCGAAUUGGGACUCGUGGGGGAAAAUUAGGAUCCUCAAGGAAGGGUUCGAUCCGGAAGCGGUUGGCGAUGCGUGGUCCGUGGAGAUUCAGGAUGCCCCCGAACAAGCGCUGGACUGGUCGACGACGAAACAACAGGAUACCAGACAACCGACCCAAAAUGGCCAAACGACAUCGUCGUCCGAACCCGAAUCGGAGUCGGCGGUCCAAGUAUACGAAUCCACACUCCGCAACCCGGCGGACUCCAGACCGGCGUUCCAACCACGGACGACGCACGACGAAACCGUCACCGUCCCGACCGUGCAGGAAUUUUUGCUGGUACAGUGUGAAAGCUUGGAAAAACUAAAGGCCGAGGACGAAAAGGCCGAACGGAAGUCCCGCAAAGGUGCUCCCGCCCCGUCGGGUGGUGCAACCGUCGAGGACGCAGACGAUGCGAUCAAAGGGGUCUCGAAUCCCCGGAUGGCAGAUCACAUUGGACCGUAUCAGAUCAACGUGAACGGUAUCGAUUUCGACGCGGAAGAAGCCACGAGACGGCUGCGCGAGCGCGAGAGUGAACGCGUCUCGGCCGCCGCGGCGGAGAGAAGGGGAGGCACACCAGUCGGCGGAACAGGCCCCGGUGGCAGCACUCCAAUGCGUCGACAGGGGAGUGAGGCUGGAGCCGCAGAGGGAGGGACGGCAACACCGACCUUGUCUUCCGCGACGAGUGCGUACGACAAGCAGAGCAACAGGGCUGCGGCGGACUUUUUCGCCAACCUCAUCAAAAAGGACAAAAAGGGUGGUGGUGGUGUCAGUGCCGCUGCGAGUCCUACGAGGAUGCCCGGUAGCGGUGGGAGUCCACUUGUUCGAGGAGGAGUGACCGGAGGUGGUGAAGAGAGGAGAAGGGAGUCUUGAGGACAACACUCGAGGGGAGGGGGCAGUUUUCGCCCGUCCCAGACAGUCCAGUCCGUCUCUCUCUGAUUCUCGAGAAGCUUUGAGACCGAAGAAACAAAAUGUACAAGGUCGUUUUGUUUCGUCUCGUUAUCUUUGUCAAUCGCUAGGAGUCGAGUCGAGUCGAAGUUUUCUUUUUUUGAGCGUUUUUCCCCCCAAAGCAAGCGAGUAUUUGCGAGCAGCAGGAGUAGCUGAUAUAUAACAAUGCAUUCCGAGAGACUGGAAAAAUGGAAGC